AUGAGGUCCUACGAUGGUGAGAGCAGCUCCUGCGAGGAGGACGAGAGGAGAGAGGUGAUGCCCGAGGCCCACUUGCACCAGCAAGGCCCCUGGCAGCAGCAGCACCAGCGCUCGGCCUCACAUCCGACCUGGGCGUGGGAGCAACGUAGUACCCACGCGCUGGGAUCCCACUCCGGCAACCCCGGGCUGAAUCCGAUGGCUUACCACCAAGGACCAGGGAGCUCGGCCCACCAAAUGCUGGGAGCACCACCAGCCGUCUACUCGACCUCGGAAAAUCCACAGAGCGCCCCAGGUCGACGCACUCCCCUCGGGGCCGUCGGCCUCGGUGGCUUUUACUUUCAGCAGCAACAACCGCCGGCCCAGCCACAUGCCUCUUCGUCCAACACCCUCACCGACGAAAAUAGACCCGAUCACGAACGAUCCGGAGCCCAGCGCCUGAACUGUCCAUCGAAGUCGAAGACGACGAGACAGGGGAAGAGCGUCAGGCUGAACAUCAACGCCAGAGAGCGGCGACGGAUGCACGAUCUCAACGACGCCCUGGACGAGCUGCGUUCGGUCAUUCCUUACGCGCACAGCCCCUCCGUGCGGAAGCUUUCGAAAAUCGCCACGCUCCUGCUAGCCAAGAACUACAUUCUCAUGCAAGGAAACGCACUGGAGGAGCUGCGACGAGUCAUCGCGGUGUUGCAAUCGCCCCACGCCCACACGACCGCCCUACCACCGACCCCCGUCUCGUAUGAUCUGCUGCAAGGCUUUCCUGGCAAGCUAUUUCAAGGCGUCCAAGAGCUGCAAGGCCUACAACAACAGCUCGCGCCUAACGCUCCGGUUAAUCCGCAGCAGCAAUCGGUCAGCCCGGCCGGAGGUGAGGUAUCGGUCGCUGGUGCCGGGGACUCGGCAUGA